AUGGCCCACUUAAGUGGGCAGAUUCUCAACCUUGGGCUCUCCAAAAAUAUAUGGACUGAGGUGGAUGGUGACUUCAAGUAUCGUAACUUCUACCAUAACAUUGUUGAGUUUAUCGAAGACUUGCCUGAUGACGACAGGGAGCAAUUGUUCAAGGACUGGAAUAUGAAACUGUUCAAGAAUGAGGAUGGACGUGAGGUGGGAAAGCACGAUGUCGACGACUCUGUGCCCUCAAGUGCUCGCGAUGGCGGCAGUGACUUGGCUUGCUUGCAUGUGCAAAUGGCAGCUCACAAUGCUGCAGUCAAGACUCGCACUGCUACUGACUCAGAGCACCCAACUGCACCUGCCACAGCUCAUCCACCACCUGCUCAAGAGAAUAUUCCAAGGACGCCUCCAGCAUCUUUUUCACCAGCUCGCAACAUUUUAACCCCAUGUCCUGUUCCACGUCCACGUCCUAUUCCUCAACCUGCAAAGACACCAACCCAUCCAGUAGGUGCUCGGGAGGACUCACCAGUACCUGAAAGGGCGCCUCUAUUAUCUUCACCUACAUGCAACAUCCCAGUGCCCUCCGAACCAGGAUCUCCAUCACCCGAGCCUGCACCAAGUAAACCCGUGUUGCAAGCCCACAGUGACGCAUCUGGUAGCGAGCUAACAGAGUCUGAUGAGGAAGAACAACAUCAAGCAAAGCAGAAGGCACCAGCCAAGCGCAAGAGGAAAUCCAAGGCAGCCGCUCCCGUCAGGAAACCAGCCGCUAGAUCGACAAAGAAGCAGAAGAAAUGA